ACACAGCUGCAGGUGCUGGACGUCGGCGGAAGCGGAAACGGAAACCCCGCAGCGACGUGUCGUCUCCUCGAAGGUUCCUGAACAUUCACUCGGGGAUCGUGGUGGUUUGAUUCCCCACCUACUCCCCCUCGGUCACCAUGACGUCCUCCAUGCUUCGCAGACAAUUGAAGAACCUGGUCCAGAACUACUCUGAGGCUGAGGUUAAGGUGAGAGAGGCUACAUCCAACGACCCAUGGGGCCCGUCCAGCACUCAGAUGGCCGACAUCUCCGACCUGACCUACAAUGCCGUGGCCUGCAGUGAGAUCAUGACGAUGCUGUGGAAACGCCUGAAAGAUGACAGGAACUGGAGACACAUCCACAAGUCCCUGACACUUUUGGAGUAUCUGCUAAAGACCGGUGAUGAUCGCGUGCUUUUGAAAAUGAAAGACAACGUCUACAUCGUCAAGGCCCUCACAGAAUACCGCUUUGUUGAAAAAGAUGGCAAAGAUCAGGGUGGGAAUGUGAGAGAGAAAGCUAAGGUUGUCCUCGUUCUAAUGGAGGACGAUGAGAAACUUAAAGAGGAAAGAGACUUUGCAGUUAAGACCAGAGAAAAGACAUCAAAAAGUGCCGCAGCGUCAUCCUCAGAUGCUGUCAAGGAUGCAAGUUACAAGCCGUGCUAUGUUCCCGGAGCCACUGGGCUUCCGUCCUUAGACAACAUUCCCUCAGUGGCUGACUUAACCGCUUCCUUCACUGCCCGUAAAGAGGAGCGGGUCAGACAGGAAGUUGAGAAGAAAGAAACGGAGAGACGGGCUAAGAUGAGUGAAGACGAGCUGAAAUGGGAGGAUGCUGGCAAAGGUGCUGACGUGAAAGGCAAUGUGUGGGCAGGAGAAAAUGCAGAGGAGGAGAAGCAGGUGAAACCAGGCCCAUGGGGGCCCAUCAAGGAACCUAAAGAGGCCACAGCUCCAUGGGGUACACCCACAAGACCUGACGCAACCGACAAAGCACCUGGCAGUGAUCCUUGGGGUUCUCCGAGUACAGCGGAUGACGAUCAAUUUGCCACACCAAAAACUGAUGAAGAUCCUUUUGUAUCAACAAAAACUGAGGAAGAUCCUUUUGCUGUACCAAAGAAUGGAGAGGAUCGUUUUGUAGCUUCCAAAGAUGGGCCAGAUCCAUUCAAUGCACCGAAAGAUGACCCUUUCAGUGCCCCCAAAGACAAUGAAGAUCCAUUUACUUCAUCAAACAGUGAUCCUUUUAAUACACCUAAAGACGAUCCAUUCAGUGCUCCAAAGGAUGAUCCCUUCAACACCCCAAAAGACGAUCCAUUUAACACCCCAAAAGACGAUCCAUUUAACACCCCAAAAGAUGACCAAUUUAACUCCCCAAAAGAUGAUCCAUUUAACAACCCAAAAGAUGACCCAUUUAACUCCCCAAAAGACGAUCCUUUCAGUUCCCCAAAGAAUGACCCAUUUAACACCCCAAAAGACGAUCCUUUCAAUGCACCAAAUAAUGACCCAUUUAACACACCAAAAGAUGAUCCUUUCAACUCCCCAAAAGACGAUCCUUUCAGUGCCCCAAAAGAUGACCCCUUCACUGCACCAGCAUCAGCACCCCCUAAAGAAGACCCAUUUGCAGCACUGACAUCUCCUCAAGACCCUUUCAUUGCUCCCACAACACCGCCUAAAGAAGAUCCUUUUUCUGCAGCAGCCAAACCUGCUCAAGAUGACCCUUUUGCUGCCCCACCACCCAAAGAGGAUCCCUUCUCUACAUCAUCCAAACUUCCUGAAGAUGACCCUUUUACUGCGCCAACAACACCUCCUAAAGAGGAUCCUUUCUCUGCACCAACCAAACCUACAAAGACAGAUCCCUUCACUGCACCAACAACGCCCCCCAAAGAGGACAACUCAGAUCCCUUUAAUGCCUCUUCACCCAGGUCGCCCAAAGGUGGUCCAGGUGUUUGGGAAGCCCCUGCCAGCUCUCCACCCGCUACUGGGUCAGAUCCAUGGGGGGCACCAUCAGCUCCACCAUCAGAUCCCUGGGGAGCCACCUCACCCAUCAAUACGUCUGACCCGUUUGGAGAUGUCUCGAAAGCGGACAAUGACCCUUGGGGAGCCACAGCUUCAGCUCCAGCCAGUACAGAUGAUGCGUGGGGCUCACCUGCUCCACCCUCGGCCUCCUCACCAUCCAGUGACCCCUUUGGAGACGGAGCAUCUAAAGCCAACGAUCCGUGGGGUGCACCGAGCAGCGGAGCUAGCAAUGUCACAGGAAAGCGAACAGCACAAGAAGAGGAGAUGUACAGAAAGACUGCUCAGUUCUUGGGUUCAUCGGGCGCGUCGCUGGUCGAUCUGGAUGAUCUGUUUUCUUCUAAACCCAAACAACGCACUGUCACCGACAUGCCCGCUGCCCAGACGCAAGCCAUCGGCUCUUUCAAAGCCCCGGGCCUGUCGUUUGGCCGUGUGCUCAGCUCAGGUUCUGUUGCUGGAGUGUCCUUUCCUCAAACAUCAUCCCAACCCAGCAGGUUCCCUCUUGGCUCCACCUUUGCACCUUCCCGUGGUGCAUUUGCUCCCACUUUUGGAGCUGCCAAUCCUUCCAGUCAAACUCCCCGUAUGCAGCUGCCAUACCAGUCUCUGGGAGCGUCUUAUUCUGGCUUGAGCGUUCCCGUUUCUGUUGGAGGGAGUCAGUUGAUGGGACGUCACGUGGAGUCACCCCGUGGAGGAGUGGGAAUGGUCCCGAGAGGAAGUCCUGUGAGGAAUCCUUUAGCAGAUCCCACUGUGUCCAGUUUCUUUGGUGGGAGUCCUCAGACAGGAGUAGGUCAUGUGGGAGGAUUUACUCCACAGCCAGCAGGGGGAGCCCCAGUGCAGCCACAGCCAACGCCAAACAGCAGGACGGGUGAGACGGGGAGCAAAAACAGCAAUCCCUUCCAGUUCUGACAUUUAAAAUUGUCACAAUUUUAAAUAUAAAUGCGUGUUUUAUUUGGAUGAGUGUGUUAAAGAACCACACUGUGCAGUUUUCAUGUAUGUGUAGCUCAUAGGGGAGACAUAAGGAGACAGAUAAAGACUUGUGGCUCCCACGGUCCUUGAAUGUACCUUCCAAAAAGUGUGAUAGUACAAAUUAAGCCUCACUAAUGUUUGGUAGCCAUCUUAGUAACACCUUCAGGCAGCCAUUUUAGAAGAAGACUAGGCUCAUAUUGAUGAAGAGAGCCAUAACUUUUGCCCAAAAUAAGUUUAAGAAAACAAUAUUUAUAGCGCUGGAAUAUGUGUCGUACGCGGCUUCCUGAACGUAAUAUGAAUUAAUAUAUGAAUGAAUACAAAACAAAACCCGCUUCACCUUCAGCCCUUAAAUCUGGUUGCGUCCAACUCAUGAAACAGCCAAGGUUUUGAUGUGUACAGCGUAUGAUAUAUGUAUAUAUCUAUAGACAGGGCCGUAUAUGUGUGAAACUACCAAUGAUUUCAACCAAAUCUAUUGGAAAACUUAAUUUAUUUCAUGCAGUGUGAAGAAUCUGAGUGAGUUUGUGUGAAAAUUUCCCAUAAUAGUGUUGUGUAUGUAUGUGUGUGUAAGUGUGUGUGUGUGUGUGUGUGUGUGUGUGUGUGUAUGCAGUAUAUAUAUAGUGCUCAUGUAAAUAUGGGGAGUCACAGAUGUUCUGUAUGUGUUAAAAACAUAAAUGAC